AUGUCUGGUAUCAAGAAGGCUAUCUACCGCGCGCGGACGUCAAUGUCGUCCAAGUCGUCCAAGUCAUCCAAUGAGAGUAAAUCCCCCCUACCGACUGCCUUCGGAAACAGUGACGCUCUCCCGCUACUCAACGGCAACGCAAAGACUAACAAUGGUGACGCUGCACGCGCGGACGUUGACGCCACGAAUGCUGAAGACGAUACGGCAGCGCAGAAGCAACAGAUCCGCCAACUCAACGACUCACCAAGGUCCUAUAGUUCCACAGACUCGCAGGGUAGACGGCUGUCCUUCACCGAGCAGAGAAUACAGCGGCAGCAGGAGCGCGAAGAGAAGGACCAGGAGGAGAAGAAUGCUCGCUGGGUUCUUACCGAAGAGCCCGAAAAAGUGUCACAAAACAUGGUUCGGUGGGCGGAAGGUCUGAAUAGAGAAUCCAUUGCGCUUGUGAAUGGUGUAAUUCAGCGGCCACAGGGUGGUCACGAAGAGGUGCACAGCACUCGAGUGCACAAUCAUGAGGUUAAGAUAGAGAAGCUGUUCGUAGUCGUGGGACCAACAUCACUGCUGCCAUUCCAAGUUGAGAACGUCGCAAGGUCAGAAGAACAGCAUCAUCGCGAAGGCGUGCAGUUUUCGCGGGUGAAUCAGAAAACUCGAUUCACUAAUCGUGUGCUUGAUCUUCGCUCACCUGUGAACCAAGCAAUUUUUCGAAUCCGCGCGGGCAUAUGCGCAUUAUUCCGCGAGUUUCUAAUCGAUGAAAGAUUCUUAGAAAUCCAAUCGAGCAAGUUUCAGGAAAGUAAUACGGAAUCAGGCGCACAGGUUUUCAAGGUUGAUUACUUCCGACGACCAGCCUUCCUAGCGCAGAGUCCACAACUUGCAAAACAAAUGUGCAUCGCUGCUGAUAUGGAGCGUGUCUUCGAGAUUGGUCCCGUUUUCAGGGCCGAGAAUUCGAAUACCCAUCGGCAUCUGACCGAAUUUACGGGUCUGGACCUAGAGAUGCAAAUUGACUCUCAUUAUCAUGAAAUAUUGGAUACUAUUGAUCGGAUGUUCAUCCAUAUAUUUCGCGGAUUACAAGAGCGAUAUAGCGUCGAGAUCGAAGAGGUGAAGUUGCAUUUUCCUCACGACGACCUUGUCAUUUUGGAUCAAACGCCACGAAUCAACUUUACCGAUGGCAUCAAAAUGCUCAAAGAGAGUGGAUGGCGCGAUGAAGAUGGGUCUGAACUGAGUGAAUGGGAUGACUUGAGUACAAAGGCGGAGCAACGCCUAGGGCAGCUUGUGAAAGAAACGUACGGCGCGGACUACUAUAUACUAGAUAAGUUUCCUUUAGUAAUAAGACCGUUCUAUACCAUGCCGGAUCCUGAAGAUAACCGUUUGGCAAACUCCUUCGAUAUUUUUCUACGAGGAGAAGAAAUCCUGUCCGGUGGUCAGCGAAUACAUGUGGCGCAAAUGCUUGAAGAGCGGAUGCGAAUAGCUGGAAUUGAAACAGACUCAAUGAAGGACUACGUCGAUGGUUUUAGAUGGGGUUGUCCGCCGCAUGGAGGAGGCGGGGUCGGUCUUGAGCGUGUGGUCAUGCUUUUCCUACAACUCGGGGACAUACGUUAUGCCAGUCUGACCCCUCGCGAUCCGCGUAGUUUUCUCAAGACAGGGCAGGAUCUAGCUGAAGCUUCAAUGGCCGCCGCGACACAUAUGAUUUUACACGGACCUGAGUCGAAGACGUUCCAAGAAGGAUAUCCACAUGGCGAAAUGCCCCCUUUGGAAAAUCUCAUCGCGCAUUACGGCGACUCGACAAACACGUCAUGGAUUGAUCCUGCAUGGACAGUGUGGCGUGAUCCAAUGACGGGCAGUGCUGUGGGUUAUUUGGAACAGAACGGCUUCGCGGUAACUUUCGGAAAUCCGUUGUGCGAGCAGAGGCAGAUGCCAGGUGUCAUCAAAGGAUAUUUGAAGUAUCUUGAGAAGCAGAAGCUUAAGCCCGUAUGGUGCUGCAUCGACCGCGAGGCGGAGCGUGUGCUCGCAGAGGAUUUGGGAUGGAGUGCGAUCAUUGCUGUUGCCGAGGAGCGGCUGAACCCGAUUGAAGUGGAUCCUGCAGCGAACGAUAAGACUGUGCGACGGAAGGUACAUCGUGCAGAGCGAGAUGGAGUGAAGAUUGUCGAGGUAGAAGGGGAGAUGGAACCAAAGGUGAAGAAGUCACUGGAACAGCGGUGUAAUGAAUGGGAAAAGAACAGGAGGGGAUCCCAAAUCCAUUUGACCGGUGUACGGCCAUUUGAUGACAUGAAGCAUCGCAAGUAUUUCUAUGCGAUUGACAAAAAUGGCAAGGUAAAGUUUCCAUCGUCAUUCUUCGGAUCAGUCAAAAUUAAUUGUUGUGCAUUCGUCAAGCCCUGCGCGAUGGUGGUAUUGGCUCAACUAUCGGCGACGCAUGGAUUCCAAAUCAAAUGGGCGCUCGAGUUCCCUGGUGCACCUCUCGGCGCCAUCGAGUACAUUUUGACAUAUGUCAUCAAGAAGUUAGGCGAUGCAGGUGUCCGGUGCGCGACAUUCGGGGCUGGCGCGACGGAUCGCCUACAACGGGUCGAGAAUGUUGGUGGUUUCCGUGUGCGUACACUGGAGAAGACAUAUAACGGGCUGUCGUCGCACUUCAGUCUGUCGGGAAAAGGUGACUUCAGGUCAAAAUUUGGAAUCCAGCAGCAGCCGAUGUACAUUUGUUAUCCUAAGGGGGGGUUGGGCAUGAGGGGCGUCGAAGCUCUCAUGAAUGCCCUGCAGAUGCCAAAGUAG